CUCCCACCACCCACUCCGAUAACAGCUGAUCCAAGAUGGCGACCGAAGGGGAAUACGAGUCGAUCCUGUGCGUAAAACCCGAAGUAAACGUCUACCGCAUCCCCCCGAGGGCUUCUAACCGCGCAUACAGGGCAGCUGACUGGAAACUGGAUGCGCCCGACUGGUCGGGACGAAUGAGAAUCACAGCUAAAGGCAAAGUGGCAUUUAUUAAACUGGAGGACAAAAUAUCAGGGGAGCUGUUUGCUCAGGCCCCGGUGAAUGAGUAUCCGGGUAUCGCCGUGGAGACCGUCAGUGACUCCAGCCGCUACUUUGUCAUUAGGAUACAGGAUGACAAUGGCCGCAGUGCUUUUAUAGGGGUUGGUUUUGGGGACAGAGGAGACGCCUUUGACUUCAAUGUGGCUCUACAGGACCAUUUCAAAUGGGUCAAACAGGAGACUGAACUCAGUAAAACCGCUCAGCUCGGAGACUCUGGACCAAAACUGGACUUAGGCUUUAAAGAGGGACAGACCAUCACUCUCAACAUAGGACAAGGCAAAAAAAGGGACAAACCCCGUUCUCAGGGUGCGGGAGGAUUUGGGCUCCUCCCACCACCACCUGGAGGAAAGAUUGCCCCUCCUCCUUUGUCUGGAACGUCCAAUCACAACACAGUUCCCCAGACAGGAAGCCCAGCCACAGGAUGCCUUCUGGAGUUGGACAGCAGUAACUCAAACACAGUGGUUCAGUCUAAUCCUAGUUCAGAUCUAUGGGGCGAUUUCACCUCUACUACAAGCUCUGUACCACCUCAACAACAGAAACCUACAAACUGGAUCCAGUUUUGAGCUGUUUUCAUUCCCGUCCGUCUGCUGUAGCUUCCUGUGCACCGCGCUGACAGUAAACCCACUCUGAGCUGAGUAAAGCUAAUGUUCUACAAAUACAUCCAAUAACUGCUGAAUCUUACUGCAAAAUGUCGAGAUCAAAACAUGAAGCACUUAAGUGUCAAAGCCAUUUAGUUUGUAGCCAUCUCUGAAGCUAAGGGCUAUGCAGUUUGUUGUGUCUCCAGUAGAUGGCGCUGGCAUCUCUGUAUUUGAUUUAUGUUGGGUUUUUUUUGCAAAAGCUCCCUCUACUGGCAAUGUAGAGAAACAUAUUUUAAAACAUGUCUGAAGCAAAUCUAAAGUUUUUUCUUUUAAGAACAAAUUUAUAAAACAAAUCUAUCACUAAAAAUGCAUUCAUAGAUUUUGUCAUAAAUUAUCUAAACAUAUGAAAAUCUUACAUAUAUUCAAAAAUAAAUUACAUACCGGGAUAUUUGCUUUUGUAAGAAUUAUAAUUUUCACAUAUUGUUACUUCUGACUCAUUGGUCAUGUGAAAAAUUCUAUCAUUUGGUAGUGUCAUCUGAAUGCAAAGUGAAAUUAUAUGCAACUUUAACCUGUUCCAGUGGCAAAAGGGACUUUAUUAUAUUGUACUCCACUGUAAAAAAAAAAAAAAAAAAAAAAAAAAACAUGCUACAAAUCCCAUGUGUGGGCUUAUUUUACACAUUUUGCAUUGCCAAAAUCAUCUCAACUUUACAAUACUGCAUAAUAUUAAGGACCACAUUAAUUCAACAAUAUCAGAAAAUGUAUAUCUGCUUGCAAAAUAACUACUAAACGAAAUAACUGCUUUGAAAUGUAACUGUCUCUAGACUUAAGGUUAAUAUAAAACGGAGACACAAAGCUUAACUGUCAGAAUGUGCAAUUAUUAAACUAUAUGAGGUUUUACACAGGUUUAAUGUUCUGUUUUCAAGCUUUGAUAGCUCACUCUUGUGGAUUUAAAGUGGAUGGGGUCUGUACGGAUACUUUGCAGUGAAAUCAUGCAAGGGGGGUGUUCUUCCUGUAUUCCUAUGACGGAUUGUUACCAUGGCGACACAAUACAUACCUUAGCAAUAACUAUCAAAAACAUUUAAGAGUUCAAAGUCUAAAAACUCAUCAGAAAACACAAAAUUGAUUUAAACAACACAUUUUCAGGAGUCAGUUCUUUCUGGUGUCAAAACAAAUGAAAAUCUAACUUGAAUAACAAAGCUUCAGACAGAGCAGUGCCUACUUUAGCAUCACACCCUCGGGAAUAUUGAUGACAUCCCCUGCAAAGUAUCAACGGAGAGAUCAUCAGUUUCCCAUCUUGAAUGUUUUAAGAAUCAUUUGAAUUCUAGUUUAAAGAAGUGAACUGUGUGUACAGUUUCUGUUGCCAUUUUGUCUGUUUACAUUAAUUGUCAAACAUUUCUUUACUGUGAAUUUGUUCUGUUGUUUGCCUUUUCUUACGUUUUCUUGUGUAAAAGUGAAUUAACAGAGUAUAUGUAUUUAAAUGGUAUUGAGAGGACAGACUGGAGGUGCACUGUGUAUUGUGUUUACAUGGCUUUUGUUGCUCAAAAAUGUGAUUGUCUCAAAACGUCACUCAUUCCACUUCGGCUGUAACUAACUUAUGAUUUGUGACCAAUUCAAUGAGA